CUCAGUUAUCUUGUGCAACUACUGGUGUGUGUUUAUGUGUGGAAAGCGUGGCGAAGUUGCAGGGCCAAAAGUGGCCAAAAACGAGUAGGAAAAGAUGUUGGCGGCGACUGGGCCUGUAUCGCCGCCAGCCAGGCGUAGUUACCGUCGUAAUUAAAGUUCAUAUCCACUUUGUUGGCAGUGAUUUCGACCGUUAUAUACGAAUUGCGAACUUUUGUUUCAAACAUUUCCGAUAACCUCUACUCGAUACAGUAUCUUUCUAGUUCCCUGCGUUGAUUUAAUCCGUUUGUAGUGUAAAACAGUGUGUAGAUAAUUUUAAAAAUUGCACUGUAAGUCACCAACUAAUUAUUUGCGCUGUAACGAAGUCUUUCAACUGUACGUGUUGAAAACGUUUCGAUUAUAACGCGCGUCUUUUGAACAUGCUUUGCAGAUCCACAGGUGGCUUGUGUUAUUAUUGUGACUCGAAGUGUUUUAUAAUUCGUACACAUCGGAAUAUUCUGAUGAAGAAAUUUAUAACACUUCGUUAACAAUCAGUAUUAUACACACACUUACGAAUAACAUAAGAACGUUGUACCGUCAUUAACGGAAAUGUUUUGUAACUAAAUGUCCCAUUUGACAUACGAAUGAAUACACUUACCAGUGAUAUAAGAGUGUGGCACUGUUCUAAGUAUCUUUUUAAUGGAAAUAUACUUUCGUAACUGAAUACCUUAUUCAACAUAUGUAAUUAAUUUUGAGAUUAAAGUAAUGUUUAUAUUUAUAUAUUCGACUUCUGAUUUGUUUUCGUUCGUUUGAAAACCAGUAUAGGAUUACAUUGCAUUGUUACGAUCAGUUUGAUUUCCGUGCUUUUUUGUGAUGUGCCGAGAAUGUGAUAUUGGAAUGUAUUUGAGUACAACGUUUUAUUAUUGUAAGUAAUCGUGGACUGCUAUUGUAACAAGAGAAAGGGACUUUAAAACCUGUGAGGUAUGAUUAACCAGGUAACGUGUUAUUUGACUGACAUAAUGGCGGUGUUGCGGUGAAGUGGGGGUGUUUGUAACUACACGUUGCAUUACGACGCACCUUGGAGCGUCAUUUUAAGUGGUCCAGACGAAUUGAAGAUCUAUCUGCUCUCUCUCGUCUGCCAAAAUAGCGAAGUCCUCAUCCUACUCGCUCAUCAAACUGUGGGCCUUGGUCAAGGACUUCACCGAGAAAGCAAAACAAAAAGGAAACGAUAAUAAAGAACACAGAACAUGAGGCGAGAAAUCAGCUGGGCGCUGAGGCUCUUGAUCACAGCCACCAUUUCUGUUGCGGUUUCACAAACCAAAGAAUUAAAUGGGAACAAGAAAUAUCCACUGGAGGUACAUCAGAUGUUUCAGCAGAAGUUGAACAGGAAUCCUGUUACUGUAGGCAUGUGGUCAUCGUGGUCCCACUGGAGUCCUUGUACCAGGUCCUGUGGGGGCGGAGUUGCAAUGCAGAGCAGAUACUGUAACAAUCAGGAACAGAUAUUGACAAGUGGUCGGAGACGUCGGGUCGUGGUUGAUGCAGGGGACAAUGCGUUCUACAGCUCCAGGAACAGUACGCCGUACACGAAAAGCCAUUGCGUUGGAGUCUACAAAAGGUUUCACAUCUGCAACGAUCAGCUCUGCCCCCCUGGAUCCGUGGAUUUCCGAAGACUUCAGUGCGAAACUUUCAAUGGGAAGAAGUUCAUGGGGCAAAAUUACCUCUGGGAGCCAUUUGUUGACGCACCGAACAAGUGCGAGCUGAACUGCCGACCUGUGGGGUUUCGUUUCUACGCGACGCUCAACAGAACGGCAGUCGACGGGACGUCUUGUCGUGGCGCCAGCAACGGUCGGUGGGUGUGUGUCAGCGGUUUGUGCAAGAACGUGGGUUGUGACGGUGUCGUUGGUUCUACCAAGCUGGUGGAUGCAUGUGGCGUUUGUGGCGGAGACAACAGCACCUGCCGGGUGGUAUCUGGGCUUUUUACGCGCCCCCAGCUCCCCGUGGGCUACAAUCUCAUCGCCCAAAUACCACGCGGUGCAUGCAACAUCACCAUCUCCGAGCUGAAGCAGAGUCGUAACUAUUUGGCUCUGAGACGUUCUGAUGGUAACUACGUCAUUAACGGAAAUUGGGCCAUCAACUGGUCUGGAGUGUACGAGGCCGUCGGAACCCGUUUCACCUACCGACGCCAGGAUGCUAACAACGGCGAAAUAAUCGAGGCACCAGGGCCACUGAUGGAACCUGUGGACCUCAUGGUAAUCUAUCAGCAGCCAAAUCCGGGUAUCAAGUACGAGUAUAUGCUACCGAUGAAGCUAGGGGAUCCGACACCAGCCUUGAUGUCAGCCCCAUCCGUGCCCCGAAGCGAUGCCGAUAAUGGGAUCAUCGCCCCACCCCUGUUAGUGCCUGCAGGCUUGAAUAAUCCGACGGAUGACGUAACCAUAAGAAAUGGACCAACGUUUGAUGAAGUUGAUACCAGAAGAUCUGAUGAUCCACUGUACCCAUACGGCAGUGGGGUCCAAGGUACUGAAUCUCAGAGGCAAGGUAAUUACCAUCCCGGCCACCAGAAUGCGACACCGGUAGGAGACGAAGCCACGAGACCACAACCUAGAAUCCGUGGCAGGAAACGGAAAUUCGUAUGGAAAAUAAUUGGAUAUACCGAAUGCACAAAAACAUGUGGAGGAGGCACUCAGAUGUCACUGGUGAAGUGCGUGAAGGAACAUAACCAACAAGUAGUAUUAGACAGGAGAUGCUCACAUCACGAGAAGCCUCUUACUCAGACGGUUCGCUGCAGCGUUAAACCGUGUCCCGCCGAGUGGGUGGGUGGCGAGUGGAGUGAAUGUUCCGUGACCUGUGGAGAAGGAAUCCAGAAAAGAGAUCUGAUGUGCAAGCAGGAAAUCAGCCCCACGUUGACUAUGAAGGUUGUAGAAGGGGCUUGUCUUACUCCGCCAGUUCUGCCACGAACACAGAAAUGCGCGCUUCCGCCAUGUCCACAGACACAACAGCAGGAGGAACCGAGGAAUUCUAGGUGGCAGGCUGGCCAAUGGGGAAAGUGUUCAGUCGCGUGUGGGCAAGGUUUCCGCUCUCGGUCAGUGAAAUGUCUGGGUCCGGGCAACGAAAAUGCAGAUGACUGCCCACAAGACGGAAAGCCAGAACACGAGGAAACUUGUGAUAUGGGCCACUGCCCUGCCGGUGCGUACGCGUCCUGGUUCUAUACGAAGUGGACCCAACAAUGCUCCGAAGACUGCGGAACGGGAGUUCAGACCCGGAAGGUUCACUGUUCAGGACCUGGAUUAGAUUCUUGUGAUGCGAGCUCCAAGCCCGAUGAGAGUCGAGCCUGUUCAAGUGACAAACAGUGCAGUGGCAAAUGGUUCUCUGGGCCCUGGGGACAGUGUUCCUCUGGUUGUGGACACGGCCACCAAACGAGGGACGUCAUCUGUGCCACAUUCCUUCGAGGACAGUACAGGGUAGCCCUUGAUAUGAAUUGUCCGAGUGGACUCAGACCAGAGACCGAACGACCUUGCGAGGAGAAGCCGUGCAGUCCCGAGUGGUUCUUCACCGACUGGACACAUUGUUCCAGAGACUGUGGAUCGGGCGUUCAGAAGCGAGAAGUGAAAUGCGUGGACGAGAAGCACCAAGUCUCCGUCGGUUGCGCGGAAGACACGCGACCACCCAAUAAGCGGAUAUGCAACACUCACGAGUGUUCCACCAGUCAUGCAGGUCAAACUCAGUCUAAACCAGAAAGUGAUCCGGAAUUCAAGAAUGGUGCAGGCGAUCAGGCGCACCGAGAGGAACAGUACGAAGGGACACAGAAAGGUGAAGACUGCGACGAUAAAUUCCGCAACUGUCACAUGGUAGUCCAGGCAAGACUCUGCAAGUAUAAGUAUUAUCGAAGCUCCUGUUGUCAUUCCUGUCAUAAGAAAUUGUAGAUAUCCCGCCUCAUCACGUCAUAUUUUAACAUAACCUAUCACGUGUACUUGAAUACGUAAAAUAAAUCUUACCACCAGCAUUGUCAUA